CAGCUCUGUCUAACAAUGUUCCGGCCCUGCUCAUGGCCAUGGGGUGGGCUUUUCUGUUCUCAUUUGAGUCUGCGUUACAUAAAUACAAAUAGUAGACAGAGACAUAAGAAAGCAAACCGAAAGCUACCAAGAGUCGAUCGACGACCACUAUCAAGUAGAGGUCUUCACGUAUGGGUGCAACACAUUUUUAACUUUCAGGGUACGGGCAAAUUGGAUUUGGGUUUGCAGUAUCAUAAUUUUAUGGAGCCGCAUACGACGGUGGUGCUACCGUUCGAGGGCGGUGUACAGAUGUAUGUGGCCACACAGUGGAUGGAUCUCACUCAGGAUGUCGUCGCCAAGGCUCUUAAUCUGAGGAGCAAUGAGGUGCAGGUGAAGACCCGUCGCAUUGGCGGCGGAUAUGGUGGCAAGGCGACACGCUGCAAUCUUGCUGCUGCUGCUGCAGCGGUUGCAGCCCACAAACUGAAUCGUCCAGUGAGGUUCGUACAAUCGCUGGAAUCGAUUAUGACAACGACAGGCAAGCGUUGGUCCUGCCACUGUGACUAUGAUUUCUAUGCGCAGGCAAAUGGUAAAAUUGCUGGCCUAAAUUGUCGCUUGUAUGAGGAUGCCGGCUAUUUGACCAGUGAAUCGCCCAUGGGGCAUGCGGUGCUUUUGUCAAAGAAUUGUUACGAGUUCGGUGAUAACUAUAAGUUAGAUGGCUUUAUAGUAGUCUCCGACUCGCCCAGUAAUACGGCGUGCCGUGCUCCGGGCUCCGUAGAGGGCAUUGCCGUGAUUGAGAAUAUCAUUGAGCAUAUUGCGUUUGCAACGGGCAACGAUCCGGCGGAUGUGCGCUAUGCCAACAUCUUGCCGGCGCACAAAAUGGGCGAAAUGAUGCCCCGAUUCCUGGAGAACAACAGUUAUCGGGAGCGCCGCGCCGAGAUCAUUGCUCAUAAUAAGGAGCAUCGUUGGCACAAGCGCGGCUUGGGCCUGGCUAUCAUGGAGUAUCAGAUUGGAUACUUUGGACAGUUUCCGGCCACGGUGAGCAUUUAUCACAGCGAUGGUACCGUUGUCGUCGCCCACGGAGGCAUCGAAAUGGGUCAAGGCAUGAACACAAAGAUCGCUCAGAUUGUGGCUCACACGUUGGGCAUUGCCAUGGAGCAGGUGCGCAUUGAGGCGAGUGAAACGAUUAACGGUGCCAAUUCGAUGGUCACUGGUGGUGCUGUGGGAAGCGAGUCGGUUUGCUUUGCAGUACGCAAGGCGUGCGAGACACUCAAUUCCCGACUGGAGCCGCUCAAGAUGGAGCUGAAGCCGGCGGACUGGCAACAGCUGAUCAACGAGGCAUAUAAUCGCAAGAUCAACUUGAUAGCCAGUGACCAGUGCAAACAGGGCGAUAUGGAACCGUAUUCGGUAUGUGGACUGGGCCUCAUCGAGGUGGAGCUGGAUGUGCUAACUGGCAACUAUCUGAUUAAUCGGGCCGACAUCCUGGAGGAUAGGGGCGCGUGCUUGAAUCCUCACGUGGACAUUGGCCAGAUCGAGGGCGCCUUUUCGAUGGGCCUGGGCUACUGGACCAGUGAGCAGAUUGUUGUCGAUCCGAAAACGGGCGAGUGCCUGACAAACCGCACCUGGAAUUAUAAGCCGCCGGGUGCGAAAGAUAUACCCAUUGAUAUGCGCAUCGAGAUGCUGCCCAAGAGCUCCAACAAGGCUGGCUUCAUGCGGUCAAAGGCUACUGGUGAGCCAGCUAUUUGCCUGGGCGUAGCAGUCGCCUUUGCCCUGCAGCAGGCCCUGCAAUCUGCCCGAGAUGAUGCCGCUCUGCCAAAAUAGUGGGUGACCCUAAAUGCUCCAAUGACGCCGGAGUUGAAGAGCAAUUCAAAAGCAGCGCGUGAUAUGCGGCACGUGGCCACAAGAACCCAGUAAUGCGAAUGCGCCGAUAAUCACAAGCUAUAUAAAUAU